AUGUCUCACUACGCACAUGCAUAUGCCGGGUUUAAAGGCCCAGGAGAUAGUCGGCCAACGGCCCUUCAAAUUGUGAAGGAUGAGGCCCUAAUUGGUAAACUUACGGACAAGACAUUCCUGGUCACUGGGGUAUCUUCUGGGAUUGGCAUCGAGAUCCUUCGGGCACUCUAUGCCACGGGAGCUCAUGUCUUUGGCACGGUCCGCGAUGUGGCUAAGGGCAAGAAGGUGGUCGAUGAUAUCCGAUCCACGACAAAGGGCGGCAAGAUCACCUUAAUUGAAAUGAGAUUGGACAGUUUGGCAUCGGUAAGAAAAGCGGCUGCAGAGUUUCUGAGUCAGAGCAAGAAGCUUAAUGUUCUAAUCAACAACGCUGGCGUCAUGCACACCCCAGAAGGCAAGACAGAAGAUGGAUUUGAAACCCAAUUCGGAACCAAUCACCUUGGUCAUUUCUUGCUCUUCCAGCUCCUCAAGUCGACCCUGCUGGCCUCUGCCUCUCAUGACUUUCCCUCCCGAGUCGUUUCUGUCUCUUCUAUGGGCCAUCGUUACGGCAAAGUCCGUCCCGGAGACUACAACUUCACAGAACCGGGGUCAUACGAUCCAGGCCACGCUUACGGGCAGGCGAAGACGGCCAACAUCUGGUUCGCCAACGAGCUCGAGCGCCGUUAUGGCAGCCGUGGUGUCCACGGAAGCAGCUUGCACCCGGGGGGUAUCUGGACUGGACUACAGAAGCACUGGGAUCCAAAGGUAAUAGAAGCACUUCAGGCCAAUGAUUCUGUGUAUGCAUACAUGAUGAACGCCGAGCAGGGCGCAGCUACUUGCAUAUACGCUGCGUUGAGUGAGGAAUGGAAGACCAAAGGUGGCAAGUAUUUGAGCCAGUGCGUUGAACAAGGGCCUUCUGCAGGCGUCGAGGUCGAGGGGGUACAGGUUCCAAUUGGAGAUGAUGGGCAUGCGCCUUGGGCAUAUGACGAAAGGCGUGAGAAGCAGCUAUGGGAGGACUCUCUCGAUAUGCUCGGAUUGAAACAUAGCGAGUAA